UAACAUAAAAAAUUUUUCUUUGGUUGCAGUUAUUUUUAAUGUUAAAAUUAGUGACCUAUAUUAUCAUGUUUCAUUUUCAUUCAUAUUACAUGUGGAUAUGUAGAAAUUAACAUUAACCGUGAUUAAUAAACGCUGUAAAAUGAUAGUUUAUUGUUAGUUCGUGUAUAUAUUGCGUGCAACCUUAGAUUUAUUACAUCAGGGACUUAGAGUAUGAAUAGUGUCUCCCUGCGUCUGUAAAAGUGGAAAUAUGUGGUGUAAAUCUUUGGCUGAAUGUCUUUCAUAUGCACUUACUGUUAGCCUUUUUGGUCUGCAGUUUGCAAUGGGCCGCUUGCCCGUGUUCACUUGCCUUGCUCCGUUUCUUGAUUGCCGUUUAAUGCAAGAUGACAUGCAAAUCAGAUUGGUCUGUUGUAGAAGAUCUGUUGUAGGAGCCUCAGAAUUCUAAACGAUACUGUAAGCCAUGUUUCUUUGAACACAUCCCACACAGACAUUCUGAUCCAUGGCACGUCUGCCACCACUCUGUAAUUAAACAGGCAGCGGAUUCACAACCAGCGUCCGAAAGUGACAGUGGGUGUGUGGGUGUGUGUCACAUAGACUGGCAUCACUCUUGGCGCCUGCCUCAGUAACCUGAGCAGAUGUACAGUACGGCUUGCCUAAUUCCCGCUGGAUGUGUUUUGAUGAUGUUGAAAGUCUUGGAGUGCUGUUACAUAACCAUAUUUUUGCCACUUUUCUGUGAAUUUUAAUGUGUCUUUUCUAAGCUCUGUUUAAAAUGUCUGAUUUGUUUCAAAGGACAGCAUUCUAAGCUAUUGAUUAAAAUCUAGAAAUCAUGACACACACACACACACACAAAAAAAAUUGACUUCAUUGACUCUUUGAUCUUUAAUUUUAUGGAAAAGAGCAGCCUUGACAUUCUACUAAACAUCUAUUUUUGUGUUCUCCACAGGUUUGUACUUGUUAAUACAGGUUUCAAAAGAUAUGAUUUAAUUUCUGGAUGAACUCUGCCUGUAAGGACCCAGGGCCUCGAUUAAUUUUCAUUUUAAUAAUUGAUUAGACCUGCCUGUUUAACCUCCCAGAUAUAUGACAGUAUUGUAGUUAAUGCUACCAGCAGUUACCAUGUAUAAUUUAGCACUGAUAGUCAAUUGCAAAUGUUGUUGAUUUACACAGAGGUAUAAAAAGAAAAUCAUCAUACGUAACUGCAGAAUCACAGACAUCAUUCAUUCAUUCAUAGACAUUCAUAAGACAAAUAACAUUGAAUCUAGUGGUCUAAAUAGGCCAAACGCUGUAGUUCCUCAAGGACGCUCUGUUGAGUUGUAUUUAUUUUAUAUUAUUUAUUAAAACAUGACAUUUUAUUGCUUUACAGGAGCUUUGUUAUUGUUAACUAAAACUAUUAAAAAUCCCUUUUGUCAGUUUAUACAAAGCUGUGAUAAAAAUGAGAUGAAAACCCUAAAAUACUUAAAUGAACAAAUACCUAAAAAUAAGUAUUAAAAGUAUUGAAAUUUCUAAAACUAAAGAUGUACAAAAUAAAAUGCAUCUUUCAAAAAUAGUUGUAGAAUAGUUGCCUUGUCAAUUAUAAUUAGGAAAAAAUAAUUUAAAAUAAGUAUUAAAUAGCUAGAACUAAAUAUAUAUUUAUAUAUAUACACACACACACACAUGAGUUUUAGUAAUUUUAUUAUAAUAUAUAAAACUGACUAAAACUCAAAUUAAAAUUGCAUUUAAAAUAAAAAAAUAAUAAAAACUGACUAUUAAUAAACACUAUAAAAGUAUAUAAAUAAUACCUCAAUAGCUCUUCUUGAGAGUAAUUGGUAUUUGAUAUGUCUUUCAUAUUUUAUUUUAUUUUUUUUCAUUUAUGCCUCUCUCCUCAGAGAAAAUCUGCCUUAUUCCUUCAAAUUCCCUCAUGUAUAUAAUUAGUUGCAGACUACAGUUUAUCGCUGAUGGAUUACUUUAAACACCUGCAUGGUAAAUCCUAGCUCUCUUUGAAGCUUGUUUUAAUAUCAUCCCUCCAUGCCAAGCUUUUAGCCCCCCCACCCCCACCCCCAAAAAACCCUUCACUCAACAUUCACCCUGAAGUGGUUAUUUUUAGUGUCAGGAUGUAGCUCGCUCUGCCCGUGCUUGGCUACACAGAGAGAUUAAUGGAGCGCGAGAGGAAGAGGGGAAGAGAUAAAGAGGCAGCACACGUGCAUGCCAGCCACAUGGCAGGAAAUGGUGCGUGGGAGCAUGAGAGAGGAUACCCUGGCAGAGACAGCGAAUCGUGAGCGGGAACUUUGAGUGGAGGUGCAGCAUUGAUCAUUUUGAGGCUUUCGUGAUAAAUGUCAUUUUCCUAUCAGCCUUACAUUGCUUGUCCACUAUAGGCGCUUUCGUACCGGAGGAACAUUUUUUAAUAGUUUCUAAAACUAUUGGCAGAAGUUCCUGCUUUUUGGUGUGUUCACACCGCAGGAACUAGGAAUGUAUUUAGUUCUCGGAGCUCCAUUUGGGGGGAACUAAUUUAGCUCCUACUUCAGAGUAGGGUCUAAAACAGUUCGAUAGGAACUAUACCAGUGACGUAAGUGUACGCUAAUUGGCCAAACGCAUACGAAACACUGGCUACCCGGCAUUUUUAAAAAGCCAUGUAAAAAUGUACUCCAUGAACAUGGAAAACAGUAAUAAUAACGGUUACCUGUCCGCAGCAUUGUGUUGUCUUCUCAGCCUCGAUGAUAGCACUACAAGUUCUCAUAGGAGAUUUAGUCUAGUUUUCACACUCUUUCAAUCACGUAAAUUGUGUGUUUACAUUCCAUCUCUGUUAUCACGAAACCCACGACAUGGCACACAACAACAAAAACAGCUCCGAACGGCGUCCUCCAUUCACCAGACAUGGAUAGAAAUAUAGUAGCGUGACAAGUACGAAAUUUGUCUUUCAAAUGUAAAGAAGUUAAAGUCAUAAGUUUCUAGAAAAAAUCAUACUCGAGUAAAGUACAGAUACUCAAAAAGUGUACUUAAGUACAGUACUCAAAAAGUGUACUUAAGUACUAACAGUACUCAAAAAGUGUACUUAAGUACAGUACUCAAAAAGUGUACUUAAGUACAGUACUCAAAAAGUGUACUUAAGUACUGUCCACCUCUGAAUUUAACACACUUUAAUUAAUCCAGCCAUUUCCUCAAGCAUCCAAACUUCAGCAGCAACUCAAACGAAUCAAACAUUCGUGACAGACGUCAAUACCGACAUUUCACGGUAAUUGGUUGCCACUCUACAUUUUCUGCGUAACAUUUGCAUAGAGUUGAGUGUUUCUCAACUUUAGAAUGCUUACAGCCAUUCUCAAAGCUUUCUCUGAUUCACUGCCAAUCCCACAAUGCACUGCACAAGCAUGAACCUUGGCUUCCAUAAGAAUGAAUCAAAAAUCCCAGAUCUAUCCACGCCAGUGGUAAUAUACCGUGUACUUUAGUUUUGAUGUGAACACAGGCAGUCGGCACUUGCGCACUAGAAAGUUUCAUCAGUUUCUGCUCUAUUUCACUCUAGUUAUGACCGAUAAAAAUGUCUUUGUACUUGUUUAUGCCUAGGUCUGGACUUCAUAGCAGCUUUCUUUGGCCAAGGACCAACCAACAGGCCAUCUGACUGACAUCUUUCAUCUGAAUGAAAGAACCAUUAAAGAUCUCCUGGAAAUCCUGUAGAACUCCUGAAGUGUUUUCCCAUUUUGUGUUCCUUAUGCAUCAGAUGUUCAGCCAACAGUCAGUGGAUGUAAUGUGUGAGGCUUGAACUAGUUGCAGAUGAACUAGAUGUUCAUUUAUUGUACGUAAUAUCAGCAAGGCUGUGAUUUGUUCGUAGACACAAAACCCAACCUGGAAUGAAAAGAAAUCGCCCACUACUGUGGGCAAACUCUGCACCUCGCUUCAAUACCGUACCUUACCGCUCACAUAUUCUCAUCUGGAGCUAUUAGCAUUCAUGGAAUGCAACAGAUUUCAGUGGUUUGGAUGCUAGUGUCCCCAUUAGGAAUCUUAGCUACUGUAGCUUAACCAGCACGACUUCCUUGGUCAGUCCGGUUUACCUGAGUAUGCUUGUUGACUGGCUUCAACCGCAUUUAAGGAAGCUGAUCUGCUAGGUAGACUAGCAACAAACCAGCACUAACAUUCCCCCUUCUCAGCAGGAAACUGAUGUUCAAUUUUCUCCAAGCAUUCAAGAUUUGCAGUAUGUUGGCAAACAGACAAAUGCAAUUGAAGAAAGCCAAGCUCGAUGGACCGCAAGAGAAAUUCAACACGUACGUGUCACUGAAGGUUCAGAACGUGAAAAGCACCACCAUAGCCGUGCGCGGCAGUCAGCCAUGUUGGGAACAGGACUUCAUGUUUGAGAUUAACAGGCUGGAUCUGGGCCUGACAGUGGAAGUAUGGAACAAAGGACUGAUCUGGGACACCAUGGUUGGCACAUUGUGGAUCCCUUUGCGCAACAUUCGACAGUCGAACGAGGAAGGUCCAGGACAAUGGCUGACUUUAGACUCCCAGGUCAUUAUGGCUGAGAAUGAGAUCUGUGGCACCAAAGAUCCCACGUUCCAUCGAGUGCUUUUGGAUACACGAUUUGAACUCCCAUUAGAUAUACCGGAGGAGGAAGCUCGAUACUGGGCCAAGAAAUUGGAGCAGCUCAAUGCCAUGAGGGACCAAGAUUACACAUACCAGGAGGAGCACGAGAGACCACUUCCAAUUCCAUCAACUCAGUGCUGUAACUGGAGUCUAUGGGGGGACCAGCAAAAUGACGAUCCAGACAGUGCUGUGGACGAUCGAGACAGUGAUUACCGCAGCGAAACCAGCAACAGCAUCCCGCCUCCAUUCUACACCACUUCUCAGCCCAACGCAUCCAUGCACCAAUACCCCAUCCGUGACAUUCACCAUGGCUCCCACUACAACGACAUGCAUGACUACGACUAUGAUAACCAGAGACCCAUUAGCCCCACCGGCAGUAGUCGCUAUGCCUCCUCGGGUGAGCUGAGCCGCGGCAGCUCCCAACUCAGUGAGGAGUUUGGCCCAGAGGAUGUUGAGAGCUUCCGAGGUUCCGGAGAGUUCUACGAUGAGAAUGACUCCUACCAUUCCUGCCAUUCCUCCGUUAGCUAUGGUAAAGAAUCACCUGUUUGGGAUCCAGAUGAGCCCCAGGGUGUCUACAGUGAUGAUGGGGAGUAUAACAAAGAUGGAGGUGAAGAAGGUGCACUCUAUGAUGAAGAGGAUGGUGAGAUCUAUGAGCAGGAGGAAGGGGAGUAUCCCUAUGAGGAGGAAGAGGAAGGAAUGGUGUAUGAGGAGGAAGAAGAACUUUACCCACUGGAUGGUACUCUCAGUGAAGAGCAGGAGACACCUUACACCCCUACCCCAACCAGCACUGCCCCAGCGUUGGCGCCAGAGGCCCCAACCAGCCGUCCACCACUGGAGAAACAGGCUUCCAUGCACCAGCAACAGCCACCACAAUCCCAACCACCAUUCCAGACCAUGGAGCCUAAGCGAGAGUCACCACCCCCACAGCAGCCAAAUGAUGUCUUUGCCAAGGUACCUCGUACCUCGACCCCACCGCGAGUCUCAGAGUUGGAGCCUGAGAAGGUCCCGACACCUGCAGGCAAGCUGGCAGCCCCUUCUGAGGAACCUUUGCCUACCCCUGCUACCGAGGUCCUGCCUGAAGCAGAACAAGAAAUGAAAGAGGCUCCUCCAGAGAGCACACUAAAGCUGGAGCCACCUGUGGACCCUGCAGUAAGAGCCAAAGCCAACUGGCUGCGACUCUUCAACAGGGUUCGCCUUCAGCUUCAGGAGGCUCGAGGCGAGACUCCAGGACUUGCAUCACUCUUUUUGCAAGCAGGGCCUGGAGGUGCUCUUUACAGCAUAGACAGCAUGCCUGACUUGCGCAAGAGGAAAGCCAUCCCUCUCGUCCGAGACCUGUCUCUUGUCCAGAACUCUCGAAAAGCAGGCAUCACUUCUGCUAUGGCCUCCAGCACACUUAACAAUGAAGAAUUGAAGAGUCACGUCUAUAAGAAGACCCUGCAGGCUUUGAUUUACCCCAUUUCCUGUACUACACCACACAACUUUGAGGUGUGGACGGCCACCACUCCCACCUACUGCUACGAGUGUGAGGGGCUUCUGUGGGGCAUCGCUAGACAGGGCAUGCGCUGCACCGAGUGUGGCGUCAAGUGUCACGAGAAGUGUCAAGAUUUGCUUAAUGCCGAUUGUCUACAGAGGGCGGCGGAGAAGAGCUCUAAGCAUGGAGCUGAGGAUCGCACGCAGAACAUCAUCAUGGUGUUGAAAGACCGCAUGAAGAUCCGUGAACGCAACAAGCCUGAGAUAUUCGAGCUGAUUCAGGAAGUGUUUGCAGUCAUCAAGGCAACGCAUGUGGCUCAUAUGAAGCAGAUCAAGCAAAGCGUCCUGGACGGGACGUCCAAGUGGUCAGCCAAGAUCAGCAUCACCGUAUUAUGUGCCCAAGGCCUGCAGGCAAAGGACAAAACCGGCUCCAGCGAUCCUUAUGUUACGGUGCAAGUAGGCAAGACCAAAAAACGAACCAAGACCAUCUACGGCAACCUCAACCCUGUAUGGGAUGAGAGCUUCAAUUUUGAGUGUCACAACUCUUCCGAUCGGAUCAAAGUGCGCGUUUGGGACGAGGAUGACGAUAUUAAGUCCAGAGUAAAGCAGAAGUUCAAACGAGAGUCUGACGAUUUUCUCGGUCAGACUAUCAUUGAGGUACGAACUCUGAGCGGAGAAAUGGACGUCUGGUACAACCUGGACAAGCGUACAGACAAGUCUGCUGUAUCUGGAGCCAUUCGUAUGCACAUCAGUGUGGAGAUCAAAGGAGAGGAAACCGUAGCUCCGUACCACGUCCAGUACACUUGCUUGCACGAGAACCUUUUCCACUAUCUAACGGACAUCCAGAACAACGGGGUGGUGAAGAUACCAGAUGCCAAGGGUGAUGAUGCAUGGAAGGUUUACUUUGAAGAGACGCCCCAAGAAAUCGUCGACGAGUUUGCCAUGCGUUACGGAGUGGAGUCCAUUUAUCAAGCCAUGACACACUUCGCCUGUUUGUCAUCAAAGUACAUGUGUCCUGGAGUGCCUGCGGUCAUGAGCACCCUAUUGGCCAACAUCAACGCUUACUAUGCUCACACAACCCAGGCCACCAACAAUGUGUCUGCCUCUGACCGUUUCGCUGCCUCCAACUUUGGGAAAGAGCGAUUUGUCAAGCUUCUGGACCAGCUUCACAACUCCCUGAGGAUUGACCUCUCUAUGUACAGGAAUAAUUUCCCAGCUAGCAGUCCUGAGAGACUGCAGGACCUCAAGUCUACUGUGGACCUACUAACCAGUAUCACAUUCUUCAGGAUGAAGGUCCAAGAGCUCCAGAGUCCUCCUCGUGCCAGCCAGGUAGUGAAGGACUGUGUGAAGGCUUGCCUCAACUCUACCUACGAAUACAUUUUCAACAACUGCCACGAGCUGUAUAGUCGAGAAUACCAAACAGACCCGAGCAAAAAAGGAGAGGUUCCUCCAGAGGAACAAGGUCCAAGUAUCAAGAAUCUAGACUUCUGGUCUAAGCUAAUCACCCUCAUUGUCUCAAUUAUUGAAGAGGACAAGAACUCCUACACCCCCUGCCUUAACCAGUUUCCACAGGAGCUCAAUGUUGGAAAGAUCAGUGCAGAGGUUAUGUGGAACCUGUUUGCCCAAGAUAUGAAGUACGCAAUGGAAGAGCAUGAAAAGAACCGCCUGUGCAAGAGUGCCGAUUACAUGAACCUGCACUUCAAAGUAAAGUGGCUCUACAAUGAAUACUGCAAAGACCUGCCUUUCUUCAAGAGCCGAGUGCCUGAAUAUCCCACGUGGUUCGAGCCAUUUGUCAUCCAGUGGUUGGAUGAGAAUGAGGAGGUGUCUCGAGACUUUUUGCACGGAGCCCUGGAGCGCGACAAGAAAGAUGGGUAUCAGCAAACUUCAGAGCAUGCUCUGUUCUCCUGUUCGGUAGUGGACGUCUUCUCGCAGCUUAAUCAGAGCUUCGAAAUCAUUAAGAAGCUGGAGUGUCCAGACCCACAGAUCGUCGGACACUACAUGAAGAGAUUUGCCAAGACCAUUAGCAAUGUUCUGCUGUCCUAUGCGGACAUUAUCUCAAGAGACUUCCCCAACCACUGCACCAAGGAGAAAGUGAAUGCAAAGGAUGGCGCUGUCAAGCCAUGCAUCCUCAUCAAUAAUAUCCAACAGCUCAGGGUACAGCUUGAGAAGAUGUUUGAGGCCAUGGGUGGUAAAGAUUUGAACGUUGAAGCUAGUGACAUCUUGAAAGAACUCCAGGUGAAGCUCAACAAUGUUUUGGAUGACCUUGCAAGGAUCUUUGCCACCAGUUUCCAACCAAACAUUGAAGAAAAUGUCAAGCAGAUGGGUGACAUACUUAGCCAGGUGAAGGGGACAGGAAACGUGCCAGCAAGUGCUUGCAGCAGCGUGGCACAGGACGCCGACAACGUCCUCCAGCCCAUCAUGGACUUCCUUGACAGCAAUCUCACGCUGUUUGCCAAGAUCUGUGAGAAGACCGUGUUGAAGCGAGUGCUGAAGGAGCUUUGGAAGCUGGUGAUGAACACAAUGGAGAAGACGAUUGUUCUGCCACCUUUGACUGACCAAACGGGCAGGGUGAAGCUUGCUUGUCACAGUGAUGGCACUCAACUUAUAUUUAAUGCAGCCAAGGAACUCGGUCAGCUCUCCAAGUUGAAGGAGCACAUGGUUCGUGAGGAGGCGAAGGCACUGUCCCCUAAACAGUGUGCAGUGAUUGAGUUGGCACUGGAUACUAUAAAGCAAUACUUCCAUGCUGGAGGUGUGGGGCUGAAGAAGACAUUCCUGGAGAAAAGUCCAGACCUGCUGUCUCUGCACUACGCCCUGUCCCUCUAUACUCAGGCCACUGACAAACUCAUCAAGACCUUCGUUCAGUCCCAGAAUACACAAGUUCAUGGAGGGAAGGGGGUAAGGUUCACCCAUAGUGAAGACGUGUACCCAGAGAAGGGUACUGGUGUUGAUGAUGCAGUUGGAGAGGUGUCUAUCCAUGUGGAGAUCUUCACUCAUCCAAAUACUGGAGAGCACAAAGUCACAGUGAAGGUGGUGGCUGCGAAUGACUUACGGUGGCAGACCUCUGGAAUUUUCCGACCCUUCGUGGAGGUCUACAUCAUUGGCCCUCAUCUCAGUGAUAAGAAGAGAAAGUACGCCACCAAGUCCAAGAACAACAGCUGGGCUCCCAAAUACAAUGAGACCUUUACGUUCACAUUGAGUAACGAAGUGGGUCCGGAGUGCUACGAACUGCAGGUGUGCGUGAAAGACUACUGCUUUGCACGAGAGGACCGCACAGUUGGCAUGGCGGUACUGCAGCUGAAGGACGUAGCACCGCGGGGUAGCGUAGCAUGCUGGCUACCGCUAGGUAAACGCAUUCACAUGGACGAAACCGGCCUGACCGUACUACGAAUCCUGUCCCAGCGCAACAACGACGACGUUGCGAAAGAAUUUGUCAAGCUUAAAUCCGACCAGCGCUCUGCUGAGGAGGGGCGGAGCUAAGACCAGGAAGUAGCUAGCGAGGCAUUGUAACUUUGGCGUAAACACUGCCCCCUGAUGUUCAGAUGUUGCACUAGCACAUAGAAAAAAAUACACAAGACAUAUUUAUCUCGGUUCUUCACUUUAAUGACCAACCGUUUACGUGACAAAGCAGUUAUAUAUUUGUAUUCAGUGCACUGCCAUUAGAAUUGCCAGGAAGGGCUUGUUUAACAAGCACAAUUUGGCACAUGAAACAGACACAGGAUAUUGUAUCUCUUAAAUACUUGAUGUCUUUUGAUUUUUAUAAAGCAUAUUUCAAGACAAAAACCUGCCAAAAGGUACAACACACAUUUAUCUAUUAUUCUGUGAAGCAUUAAAUAUCAUCAAUGCACAGGUCUCAAAAUAUAAAUCCAGAAAAUAUUUAUAAUAGUAUAUAUAUAUGUGUAUAUAUAUAUAUAUAUAUAUAUACAAUAAAAGACUAUAUUACAGUAGUUAUAUUAAAUAUAUAUUUAAUUUAUAUUCAGAUUUUUUUUUUCAAACGCAUCCGUGAAAUAAAACUAGAUUAAGGCAUGUAAACAUGACAGAGUGCUACACAGUGCCAUGAUUUUUCUUUUUUUUUUCUUCCAUAUUCAGCGAUCUGUAAUGAUGUCAAACCUCUUUCGUGCGGCCUUUUGUCAAUCGUUCCUGCACCCUUCAAGGGUGCCUCAAUGUCAGGGUCUCGUUUCUCCACUACGUACAACCAUUUCACCCCUUAACCUCCUUAAUAGGGACCAAAAACCCCCUAUGGGUCAGACUUUAAUGUUAUGCAAUCGUUUAGAAGCACAAGAAAAUUACGAAAAACAGACCUACAACCAAAUACACCUCUGAAAGCAGAGUGGUUGCUUUUUCAUGUAGUAUGAAAAUAUGUGAAAUAAUUUUUAGGGGGCGCCACUUGCAGGAAAUCCUACAAAUUCUACGUAUUGUACAAAUACAAGAUGCUUCGCACAUCUAGAUUCAAUCACAGGGCCACCUCUGUCCUGUCUUUGUGUGUUUUCCGAUCCGUUAAAGUACGAGUGCCUGUGCGGUUUAUCCGGUGUUUGUCGGCAUGAUUAGGCACUACGGUUUAUACGAUGUAUAGAUUGACAAACACUGCUUGUAUUAGACACCAGAGCUGCCUGUUUCAGUGAAAUUUCACUUUAUAACGUCACGUUUAAAUGUCAUACCGCUUCAGAUCAUUCCAUGCAAAAUGGGACUUUUCUCCCCACUCACUGGUUUCACAACUCAAAAGAAUCAGAGCCACUGAGAAUCGCUCCUAUAGAGUUGCCAUAGUAACCGCCGAUGAAUCCUGCCAUUUUACUGGCAAACCAUCCACCAUAUUAGAAAAGCACAAGAGAUAUGCUCUAUAAUGUGGGUUAAACACUGUAUAUCCAUUCAUUCCCUGCUGUACUGCGCUAAACCUUAUGAAAAUCUGAGGUGAAGUUAUCUAGAUAGAGUCGCUUGUUGAAUUUAGCAAUGAAGCACCUUGCGCUACAGCUAUUUCCCUGUAUUAUUUCUCUGAAAAUAGUCUAUGCAUCUGUUCUAUCAGUCAUAAGUGAUCAACAGACUUGGAUUGUUUACAUCGCGAACGCUCAGCGCAAACCGCAGCUGUUGUUUCGUUUUACAGACUGAAUCCUUUUAUGAUCAGUGUUGUGAUAUUGAACACUAGGGUUCUGCCACAGGAAAUGGCGUUAAUGAAUGUUGAAUUGACUGCAGAGUGGAAAAUAGAAUCUGUAGCAAGAACAUACUUUAAUUCGGAUGGUAGGAUUUCAAAUAUUAAAGAUGUGUGUUGCUGUUUGUGAAUUAUAAUAUUACAGGAUGCAGUCGUGAGCAUGUAGUAUGAGACAAAGCACACGCAGACACAAGUGCACACGGAUCCCAAUAACUCGACAUGCACCCAAGCGACUCCUUGCCUGUAUAUAAGAAGCAGUGCAUGUUGGGAAAGAUUCUUCUUUGUGCCAGCAUGUAUCUUUGAUGUGAUAUUCAAUUGUUGUCUUUAUUUCUCUUGAUUUGUCAUUUAUUUUGAUAUUUGGGUAUUAUUUUCUAUUUUUGGAAGGCUUGUGAAUAUAUAAAUAUGUAUUACUGAUGUGUAGUGGUACAGAGUUACUAGCAUGAGAGAUUUUUUUAUACGAAGAUGUUUCUAAUUUUCGUUUUUCUAAAUAUGAUCGUUCUUAUCGGGGAAGGAGGUAAAACAGAUGCAGGCCUUGGUUUGUUUCUACUUCCAA